AUGGCCCAACUCCUUUUCGGGGCCCUGUUUCUCUUGCUGUUGGGCCGCCUCGACGCCGGCUUCACCGCCGGCGUCGACGAUCCCACCGCGUGGAGCAAUCGACGCGUCUCCUGGCAGCCCAUCGAGAGCUAUGAGGAGGAGGUGGCGAGGCUGAGGCAGAGCCAGGACCAAUGCGAUCCCGCGAAACCCUGCAAGGACGGGUUGAUUCUGCCUGUGUGGAGUCCGGUGGUAAGUUUGGGGAUUUGAAACGGUGAUUUUGGAAAAAUUGGGGAAAUGGGGGUAUCAGAUUGUCGGGGAAAUAGUGAGGUUUCAGUUUGUCGGGAAAAUAAUGGGGUUGAAGUUUUUCUAAAAAAAUAGUGAGGAAUUAGUCUGUCGGGAAAAUAAUGAGGUUUUCAGUUUGUCGGAAAAAUGGGGUAUCAGAUUGUCGGGAAAAUAAUGGAGUUUCAGUUUGUCGGGAAAAUAAUGGGGAAUCAAUUUAUCAGGAAAAUAACGAGGUUUUAGUUUGUCGAAAAAAUAAUGGGGUAUCAGAUUGUCGGGAAAAUAAUGGAGUUUCAGUUUGUCGGGAAAAUAAUGGGGUUGAAGUUUUUCUAAAAAAAUAGUGAGGAAUUAGUCUGUCGGGAAAAUAAUGAGGUUUUCAGUUUGUCGGAAAAAAUGGGGUAUCAGAUUGUCGGGAAAAUAAUGGAGUUUUAGUUUGUCGGGAAAAUAAUGGGGUUUCAGUUUGUCGAAAAAAUGAUGGGAUAUCAGAUUGUCGGGAAAAUAAUGGAGUUUCAGUUUGUCGGGAAAAUAAUAGGGUUGAAGUUUGUCGAAAAAAUAGUCAGGAAUUAGUCCGUCGGGAAAAUAAUGGGGUUCAAUUUGUCGAAAAAAUAGUGAGGUUUCAGUUUGUCGGGAAAAUAAUGAGCACAAUUUCGCUCAGCCGAUCGUAUCGAUAAAGUGAAAAGAAAUUUGAUUUUUCCGUGACAAAAUUCAUUUUCUCGGCGGCGAUGUUAUUUUCGAUGCGACAGAAUGAAUCCUUAUUAUUUUCCCGACAGUCUGCUACGACGCUUUUCCUGAAAUGGUAGAAAUCGCCGCGAUAUAAGAUUUUUUUCAACUGGCGCGCAACUGACUAUAGCAUAGUCAAAGAAGAAGUAAAAUGCACUGUAAACCGCGAAAAAAAGGUCUACGAAAUUUAUUUAAAUACUAGCAUUUUUCAAUCGCUGAAAGUGUCAGCUGGCGCUUUGCAAAGGUGACCGAGAUUUUUAAGUCGAAAGUUAGCGAAAAUGCGAAAUUUUUUUUCCAUUCUAUUUUUUCAAAAAAAAGUGAGGAAAGCGUUUUUAACGCCUUGCUUCGGAACGACCGGUGCGAUCUUAUUUCUUCACUCUUAUAUGGCCAAAAAAGCCCUUUUUCUGACCGCUCUCCGCAUUUUUUUGCCUUUCUUCGCCGCAAAAAUCGUUGAAUAUCUCAGCUGCGCCUGCAAAGCGCGAGUUAAAACUUUCAGCAUAUGAUAUGCAACCCAUCCACAACUUUUGCCCAAAAUUUGAAAAAAUUUGAGCGCCGCACUUCUUCCACCUCCUCAGUUAAUUUUCCUCGUUUUUCAGGACGGAAUCACCUGGUACACGCGCUUCUUCCGCGCCGCCAUCUACCUGCUCGCCAUGAUCUACCUGUUCAUGGGGGUCUCCAUAGUGGCGGACCGCUUCAUGGCGGCGAUCGAAGUCAUCACGUCGCACGAGCGCGAAGUUGUCGUCAAAAAAUAUAACGGCGAAAAAACCACAAUCCUCGUUCGGGUAUGGAACGAGACCGUCUCCAACUUAACGUUGAUGGCGUUGGGCUCAUCGGCCCCCGAAAUUCUCCUUUCGAUCAUCGAAAUUGUCGGAAACGGCUUCGAAGCCGGCGAUCUGGGACCGGGCACGAUUGUCGGGUCGGCGGCGUUCAACUUGUACAUCAUUAUUGCGGUCUGUAUGGUCAGUGUGCCCACCGGGCAGAUUCGGAAAAUCGAACGAAAUGAUGUGUUUUAUGUGACCGUGGUCUGGUCGACGUUCGCCUACAUCUGGCUCUACCUGAUUUUGGCUGUUUUCUCGCCGAAUGUCGUGGAGGUGAGGGAAAAAAAUAAAAAAAACUAUUUUUUGACAAAAAAAUCAAAAAAAAAAAAAAAAAAAAAAUUUUGACAAAAAAAAAUCAAAAAAAAUUUUUUUUUGACAAUUCUACCUUUUAAAGUCAUCAAAAUUUUGUAUUUUUCCAAUUAUUAGUAUUUUCAAAAAGUGCGUAGACUUUUUGUCGCGAAGCUUUUCGCACCGUGCAGUUCAUUUUUUCCAAGUUUGUGCACUGUGCGUUUCAUUUUUUUCUCAAGUUUUCGCACCGUGCAUUCGUCAAAACAUCGCCGAAGCAAUCCUUUUCCAACGACGCCGCUGCGAUUUCUUCCUAAUCAUCCGCACAGUGCAAACCUCUUUUUCCAGUUUUCACUGUGCGAAAACAGCAAAAUGCACGGUGCGUGAGCGACAAUGGAAAAAAAACAAAAAUGCACUGUGCAUUCGCGAAAAAAAGGCAAAAAAUGUCUACGCACUUUUUGAAAAAGCAUAAUGAAACUUGUCAUAAAGUGCAUGGACAUUUUUUCCCUUUGCACAGUGCAUUUUGAACCUUUUCCCAGGCUUGUCGCUCAUGCACAGUGCAUUUUCAAAUCACUUUUUUUGCACAGUGCAGACCUCAAAAAAGUUGUUUGCACUGUGCAGACAUUUUGUUUGCUUUUGCACAGUGCAUUUUGAACCUUUUCCCACGCUUGUCGCCGACGCACGGUGCAUUUUUAAACCACUUUUUUCGCACAGUGCAAACCUCCAAAAGAGCCGUUUGCACUGUGCAAAUUCCUGGCGAUGUCGCAGCGAUAUUUUCACGCACAGUGCGAAAACAAAAAAAAAUGAGAUGCACGGUGCAAAACGAGGGCUUUUUGUGGACAGUGCAGGCCGCGAUAAAAUGUCCACGCACUUUAUAAAAACAUUAUUAUCACUCUGUCGGGAAAAUAAUUGUUUGUCAGUUCGUCUGGGAAAUAAUAGGGUAUUAUUCUGUCGGGAAAAUAAUGAGCAUUCUGUUGCUGCGUCAAUCGCGUCGCCGAAGUGAAAAGCAAUUUUACCUUUCCGCGACACAAUUCAUUUUCUCGGCGGCGAUGCGAUUUUUUGCUGCAAAAAAUACACAUUAUUUUCCCGACAGACUGUUAUUCUUCUUCUUCAUGCACGAUUCAUUUUUUCGAUGCGCCAGAAUGCUCAUUAUUUUCCCGGCAGACUAAUAAUCUAUAGCAUUAUAUUUUGCUUCAGGUCUGGGAAGGAGUUCUCACAUUUGUAUUCUUCUUCCUGACGGUGAUCAACGCUUACAUUGCCAACCGUUAUGCACCUUCAUUGGGGCAGAAGAUCCUCGGAAAAGCGCCGGUCAGCUUCCGCCAUCAACAUACGACCGCCAAAGGGCCAAAGGAAAAAGUGCCGGGAAUCGGCGGGCUUGGUCAGACCACCGAUCUGGAGGCCGCGUAAGCUUUUCUGUUCUGUUUUUGACCCUAUUAUCAUCUCUUUCAGUGAAGCCUUGAUGAGCGAGGAAGCCCAUCCGCACAUGGACGCGUUCGUCGAGCAUCGCCGUCGCUUCUACGACACCUUCACCGAGAUCCGCACCAAGCAUCCGGACAUGCCGUUGCAGGAGGUGGCAAGGCUGACGGCGAUCAAGACAGUCAAAAAAGAGCCGAAGAGCAGAGCAUUCCGCCGGAUCCAGGCGACCCGAGGACUCAGCGGAGGGAAGCUGAAGAAGCCAGCGAUUGAUUUGAUCCCAUCUGUAACCACCUACACGUUGGUGGACCCUAGUAAUGAUGCUAAUGAACCGGUGGUCAAGUCGAACAAUCCGGAGGUCACUGUUUAGUAAGUUGCUUGGCAAGUCUUUAAAGAAACGUGAAGGAAAGUCGGAGGCUAUAAGUUCCGGCGGAGGCGGCGUAGAGACUUCGGUUUUUGGAGUAUGUCUUUUUUAGCGACAUUAAUUUUUGCCUAUGAAAUAACAAGGCUGAAAAGUGCAAAAUGAUGUCCCUGCGACCUUUUCAUGUAGGCCACUUUUACCCCGAAAACAAGAAGUGUCUUUAUCAUUGCUUGCAACUUAACAGUUGAAACACAGUGGGGGACCUGAUCCAGUGGCAAAAAACGUACCAUUUUGCAUCCGGGUAGUAUCAAAAAUGUGGCAAAAUGCUUCUCUUUCCAAGUGAAAAAACUUCGUCUUGAAGGGCGUGCACGUCAAACUGGGGAGUCCGGUGACCGGAAUAGACCCUUCGCUAUCGGUUUUUUACAUUUCGUCUUGAUUUCACGGAGAAGUCAGAGAAAAAGACGCGCAAAAGCGUACUCUCUCGCCCCAAAAAAUCCCCAUUUCUUCCCCGAUUAAAAGUUUUUUGGGGUCUCUUUUGGCGGAUUGCCAACGUACUCACCGGAUCGUUUGAGCCUAUUUCAGUUUGACGUGCGUGCCCUUUUCCUCACAAAGAGAGUGGGCGCGCUUUUGAAACCGGAGUUCUUUUCACUUGGAGAGAGAGGUAUUUUGCCACAUUUUUGAUACUUCCCGGAUGCAAAAUGUACAUGUUAUUGUAAUCAAUAAUCAUACCGUUUUCUUACCGGGUUUUCUUUAGUUUCCAACCCUGUCAUAUCAUUUGUGUCGAGGACGUUGGAACUGUCAAAGUCACGGCUCAUGUUGACCGAGGAAACAUUCAACAGCCAUGUGUGGUCACUGUCCAUUAUAGGACGAUUGAAGGGUCGGCCAAAGAGCAUAGCGAUUAUGUCCCGAGAACUGGGGAAUUGACUUUUGAGCCGUUCGAAAAUAAGUGAGUGUUGAACAUAUAAUAUUUUUUUUAAAAGAAGGCGGUAUUUGGAUUGAAGUUUAUAUCAUCAGAUUGUCGGGAAAAUAAUGAGCUUCUGUCGCAUCCAAAAUCGCAUUGCCGCCGAGAAAAUAAAUUGUGUCGCGGCAAAAUCGAAUUGCUUUUCACUUCAGCGACACGAUCGACAUUUUGCUCUUUAUUUUCCCGACAAUCCAUUAUACGCUGUUUUUUUGAUUUGCUAAGAUUUUUGGUGAAGUCGAAUUGCAGUUCCAGAAAAGUACUACGCUUUUCCAGAAGUGCGUAGUCUUUUUGUUCCAAACCGUGCAUUUUACCUGUUACACUGUGCAGUUUAAAAAAGGCUUACGGCGCGGCAAUAUUUCGGUUGAACAGUGCAAACUGCCGGAUGCACAGUGCAAAUGAGGUUUUCUGUAUUAUGCGGCGCGACGAAAGGCCUACACACUUUUGAAAAAGCAUAGUACUACUCAUUUCAUAAAGUGCACAGGCUUUUUACCGCAAGGUUUUUUUGCACUGUGCAUUUUGCUUUGCACUGUGCAAUUCUUAUCUCUCCGCGACAAAAACCUUUUUCUGCAAAAAACAAAAAAAAAAUGCACGACAAGGAUUUUUUAAAAAAGCGCAGCGUCCGUUUGUCGGGAAAAUAAUGAGCACAGUAUCUCUGUGCCAAUCGUGUCGCUGAAGUGAAAAGCAAUUUGAUUUUGUCUUCAUUUUCUCGACGCUGUUUCGAUAGUUUCUCCUUCCAGAAAAGACAUAGAAAUCGAGAUUGUGGACCGUGAUGACUACGAGAACGACGAAGAGUUCUAUGUCCAACUCUACGAGCCAAAAGCGCACCACCAGGACGACCACAACAUCACGUACAAGGCCACUGUUGGCGCUGCAUUCGAGGCGACCGUAAUCAUCGUGGACGACGAUCACGGCGGCUGUUUCACGUUCAAAUCGGAGGUGUUGAAGCUGAAGGAGAGCUGCGGGUACGCCUAUUUGACGGUGAAUCGGACGAGAGGCGCGCGCGGAAGGGUGACGCUGCCGUUCAAGGUGACGGACGGGUCCGCGAAACGCGGCAAGGACUACGAAUGCGGUGACGCCGAGCUGGUCUUUGAGGACAAACAGACAAGGUAGGGGCUAUCUAUAAUGGGGGACCUGACCCAGUGGUAAAAAAUGUGUCAUUUUGCAUCCGGGAAGUAUCAAAAAUGUGGCAAAAUACCUCCCUCUAACUAAAAAAAACUCCGUUUUUAAACACCUUUACCCUCAAAAAAAGGAGACGUUUUUAAAAUGGGAGUUUUUUCACUUGGAGAGGGAGGUAUUUUGCCACAUUUUUUAUACUUCCCGGAUGCAAAAUGGCACGUUUUUGGCCAAUGGAUCAGGUCCGCCACGGUAUAAAUAAACAGCAAAGACAUAACAAAAAAAAGAAACGAAAAUUGGACACCAAUUUCAGUGCCGACAUUCGAAUUCAAAUCUUCAAUGACGAUGAGUACGAGAAGAACGAAGACUUUUACAUCCAGCUGGGACAGCCGGUUUGGCACAAGGAGAAUCAAAUCGGGGAAGAUGGAGCGGACGGAAGACCCAUUCUUGGCGAUCAUACCAGAUGCAAGGUCGUCAUCAUUGAGGAUGAUCAGUUGAAGGUGCGUAUAUUUUGGCCUUUUAUUCAUUAUUUAAUCAUUAAAUAGUUUGUCAGCAAAAUAAUAAGCGCAAUGUCGCUGCGCCGAUCGCAUCGCUGAAGUGAAAAGAAAUUUGAUUUUGCCGCGACACAAUUCAUUUUUUCGCCGGCGAUGCGAUUUUCGACGAGACAGAGUCCUCAUUAUUUUCUCGACAGACUGAUUCGAGUCUUUUCAAUAAAGUGCAUAGACUUUUCGUCGCUUAGCACAGUGCAAACAGAAGAAAAAUGCAAUGUGUGCAGAAAAAAAAGUCUACGCACUUUCUGGAACGCCUAGUAUCAGUCUGUCGGGAAAAUAAUGAGCACAUGCGCGAGUCUGUUUGCCAAGCUGUUGAAGUGAUUUCUGCAACAUGCAAUGCCCAAGAAAGGUCAAGGCGACAGCCCAAAAAAGCCUGGUCGCGGUUGCCACAUAGCACUAGUCGUUUCAGAAAGUUCGUAGACUUUUUCGGCCUUUUCUCGCACCGCACAAUGCAUGUUGCGCAACGGGAUUUUUAUCGAAGCAUUUUGCACAGUGCAAUUUCUCGUACACCUAAAAUUCGGGCCGAUUCCGUUAAAAAAGCUUGUGUCGCUGCGAUAUUCCACUUGUACGGUGCAAAGGUUCAAAUGCACGUCGCAAGAAAGGAUUUUGUGCACGGUGCGGUCCUCGAAAAAAGUCUAAAAAAGUCUACGCACUUUAAACAAAAAAAAAAUUUCACUUACUGUCAAUAGAAGAAUGAGUAAAUAGGCCUCCCGGCAGUGAAAAAUUACAAAAUCUCACAAUACUUAACCCCAUUUUUUCAGAGUAUUGUGGACAAAGCGAUCAAGCACACAACUUCCUCAAUUAUGGUCGGGACUUCGUCCUGGAAGCAGCAGUUUAGAGAUGCGUUCGAAGUGAAUGCCGACGACGAUGACGAUGGGGAUGACGAGGACUCCGAUGAGAAGAAACAAAUUGUGAAAGCGGAGAGAGAGCCGACCACAUUCCAACUGGUCAUGCACUAUUUGAAUUUGCCGUGGAAAAUUCUGUUUGCCACUAUUCCUCCGACCGAUUACAUGAAUGGUAAGGGAAGUUUUUGAUGACAUAUCUGUCGGGAAAAUAAUGUGGAUUUGCCGCAAUUUUUUUUUUUAUUUUUGAUAUAAUAUUUCCAGGCUGGAUUUGUUUCAUCGUAUCCAUCAUUUUUAUCGGCCUUCUGACAGCUGUGAUUGGCGAUGUCGCUUCAAUGUUUGGUUGCACGAUUGGAUUAAAAGAUGUGGUUACUGCGAUUACUUUGGUUGCUGUCGGCACCAGUGUUCCAGGUAAAGGAGUUUGAUGUUUUUUAUAUAAAAUACUGUAGAACUUGUGUAUGCAUACACACUAUUUUUGCUCCCUUGCAAACCAUAGUGCAAACCCCAUGUUCCACCGUGCAUUUCACAUUUUGCACUGUGAAACCGAAAUAUCGCUCGGCGGAGGGCAUUUUGUACUGUGCCGCCUUUCUGAAGCGAUUGAACACGGCUUGUACGGUGCAAAAAGAAGCAAAAUGCACAGUGGGAAACGAUUUGACAACGGUUUUCACGGUGCAAAACGAUUCGAGAAAAUUUGCACGGUGCAAAAAAAAGUAAAGUGCACAGUGCAAGAUGACUUGAAAAAGGAUUUGCACUGUGCGGAAAAGAGGCAAAAUGCACUGUGCAAAAAUUUCGGAAGGCCCGCACCGUAAAAAAACGCAAAUUGCAGUGUGCGCCGCGACAAAGACAAGUGACAAACCGCACCGUGCAAAGCGACUUGAAAACAGUCUGCACGGUGCGAAAAAGGCAAAAUGCACAGUGCAAGACGAUUCGAAAAAAAUUUGCACGGUGCAAAAAGGGUCACCAUGCACUGUGCAAAAAAUGUAAAAUCCUCAAUGAAAAAUGAUUCAAAACGAACUUGCACGGUGCAAAAAGAGGCAAAAUGUACUGUGCAAAAUGAUUAAAAAAAUUGCACUGUGCCAAAAAAAGAUAAAAUGCACUGUGCAAAAACGAUUCGAAAGAAAAUUUGCACGGUGCAAAAUGCCUCAGAAAGAGAAUAGUUUGCACCGUGCAAAAUGAUUCGAAAAAGAUAUGCAUGGUGCAAAAAAAGUAAAAUGCACUGUGCGAAAUUAUUCAAAAACGGUUUGCACGGUGCAAAAAAAGUAAAAUGCACUGUGCCAAACGACUCAAAAAGGGAAUGGUUUCCAAUGUGCAAAAAACGAAAAAAUGUGAAUCAACAUCUACAUCUUCUUUUUUUCAGACCUCUUUGCCUCCAAACUGGCCACUCAACAAGAUCCCACGGCCGACGCCGCCAUUGGCAAUGUGACCGGCUCCAACGCCGUGAACGUUUUCCUGGGCAUCGGGAUCGCGUGGGCGAUGGCCGCCAUCUUCCAUUGGUACAAGGGCACCGUGUUCCGGGUGCAAGCCGGCUCGCUGGGCACGUCGGUGAUCAUCUUCUUGCUCGGCUCCGUGAUCUGCAUCGGAGUUUUGGCGCUGCGGCGCAAAAACGCGAAAAUCCGCGGGGAAUUGGGCGGGCCGAAUCGGCUGAAGUACGCGUCCGCCGCCCUGUUCGUCGCCCUCUGGCUGGGCUACGUGCUGAUCAACUCGUUGAGCGCAUAUUGCUUACUGCCGUUCUAG